GAUCCUCGACUUAAACAUGUUGCGAGACAUGGUACGGUGGUCAGAUUGUGAGCAGAAACUGACCGUCAAAUGGGAGCGCCCAACCGCUUCGGGCAGAGGGCAUUUCAUCGUUUCAUCACUCCUUAACGAAAGCUUGGAUGUGAUUUACAUAGAAGGAAAUCCAAAAGCUGAGUACCUGUUGAGUGGACCAAUGGCAGGAAUUCGACAUAUUCUACCUGUA